UCAAAUUACUCAACUUCUCCUUAUAUCAGACUACAUCUAGAGAGAGAAGGAGCAAGUGAGAGAUCCAGAUCUGCUGCUACCUCAAUGGCUUCCAAGCUCCUACUCAUCGUUGUCUUCAUUUUCGAUCUCAUAGCUUUCAGUUUAGCAGUUGCUGCUGAGCAGAGAAGAAGCACGGCCACAACGAGGAAAGAUGGUGAGCAAAACUAUCAAUACUGUGUUUAUAGCUCGGACAUUGCUACUGGUUACGGUGUUGGUGCAUUUCUGUUACUGAUGGCAAGUCAGGUGAUUAUAAUGGCUGCAAGUAGAUGCUUCUGCUGUGGGAAUCCGUUGAAACCUGGAGGUUCGAGGGCUUGUGCUGUUCUCCUUUUCAUCUUUUGCUGGGUUACCUUCCUCAUUGCUGAGGCUUGCCUGCUUGCUGGCUCUGUGAGGAACGCCUACCACACCAAGUACAGGAGAUUUUUCUUCGAUAAUGAGCCCUCUUGCGAGACUGUGAGGAAGGGGGUUUUCGCGGCAGGAGCAGCGUUCACUUUGUUUACCGCCAUUGUCUCUGAAUUUUACUAUGUAAGCUAUUCCAAGUCGAGGGGAAGUUUCAGGGCUCACGGAGGAGACGCCUCAGUUGGCAUGGCAGCCUUUAAGUGAGUGUCACUGAUGUAGUCAUUUAGUUGCAGAAUUGGUGGAUUUGAUGUAUAAUAUUUUCUUCUUUGAUACUCAUAUUGCUUUAGGGAUUCAUAUUUUAGUUUAGCUCUGCUACUGCUACUGCUACAUACUACUCCAAUAUAUUGUUUUCAUAUGUUCAUCUAUGUACAAUUUUGUUUUCCUCA